CAUUUUUAUCUUGCAGCAUCUUUAAGUGGCUUUGAUAAUCAAGUGCCAUUCCUACGGCCGGUAUUACUAGAUAUACCGGCUUAUCGAGAUAAGUCUUGAUCUCGUCUAUCGGUUAGCAGUCGUGUGGCUCUAGCACUUCGAUACGGAUCCACGAUGAUCCUCAAAAUAGUAGGGGAGCUGGCCCUAGUCGGAGCUAUAGCCUCCGUCUUCAUCGUGGCAGCUCAAGGUCGAGCUGCAGAAAGAGCUGCAGAAGAAGCGGCUGGCAGAGACUACAUGCGGAGACUGGAUGAAAUUACUUCCAAGUUGAAGAAUAGGUUGACUAUCGCCAGUUGGGAUUAUGAGAGUAAUAUUACGGACAAGAAUGAAGAACGCAUGCUACAAGUAGCACUAGAUGUUGCUGAAGAAGAAAAAGAAAACUGGAAAGAAACAAUGACAUACUUAUGGAAAGAAUUCGAAGACGAAGAUUUGAAGAGAAUGUUCACAAAAUACACAAAACUGGGUACUUCUGCGUUACCAGAAGACUUGAACCAGAGGUUGAUAGAGGCAAUCACCAACAUGCAGUCGACGUACGCAAAGGCAACGAUUUGCGACUAUAAGAUUAAGACGAAGUGUGAUCUUCAUGUAGAGCCAGAUGUCACCAACAUCUUCGCAAAUAGUGAUGACCCCGAGGAGUUGAAAUAUGCGUGGGUGGAGUGGCAUAAGGCUGCUGGCAGACCAUCUAAAGGGAACUUUACCGAAUAUGUGCAGUUGGACAACGAGGCUGCUCAUCUUAAUGGAUACGACAGCGUUGCCGAGUGGUGGCUCAGCGAAUACGAAUCUUCAGACAGCGAGAUGCAGUUCGCCACACUCUGGAACCAAAUCAAACCUCUGUACCAGCAGAUUCACGCAUACGUGAGAGGCAAACUGCGAGCCAAGUAUGGAGAUAAUGUGGUGCCGGCUAGAGGGCCUAUUCCUGCGCAUUUGUUAGGCAACAUUUGGGCGCAGACCUGGACCAACAUUGAAAAAUACGCCAAACCCUACCCUGAUAAACCUGACGUAGAUGUAACGGCUGCAUUGAUCGAACAAAACUACACUGCAUUAAAGAUCUUCAAGACUGCUGAAGAGUUCUUCACGUCUCUAAACUUGAAGGGAUUACCAGAUCUGUUCUGGGAUAAGUCGAUUAUUGAGAAGCCGGACGAUGGUCGAGACAUGAUUUGCCACGCUUCGGCUUGGGACUUUUUCGACGGCGAGGAUUUCAGAAUUAAGCAGUGUACAGAAGUGACAAAUGCGUUCUUCAAGACUACUCACCACGAGUUAGGUCACAUACAGUACUACUUACAAUACAAAGACUUGCCGGUAGUAUAUAGACAAGGAGCUAAUCCAGGAUUCCAUGAAGCGAUCGGUGACGUCAUAGCCUUGUCUGUGUCGACUCCGAAGCAUCUUCGAGUGGUAGGUCUGUUGAAAGACGAAACUGAUGACGACGAAUCUGAGAUUAAUCAGUUAUUCAAAAUGGGGCUUGAUAAAAUAGUCUUCCUUCCCUUCGGUUACCUCCUAGACUUAUUCCGCUACGCCGUCUUCCGAGGAUCUACGACUCAAAGAGACUACAACUGCCACUUCUGGCAGUUAAGAGAGGCCCUGCAGGGAGUGCAGCCUCCAGUGCCAAGGACAGAAGAUGACUUCGAUCCGGCUGCGAAGUACCAUAUUACUGCUGAUGUUGAAUACAUGAGGUACUACAUUUCGUACAUAAUCCAGUUCCAAUUCCACCGAGCGCUCUGUCAGCUCGCCGGCGAAUAUGUGCCGGAUGACCCAAACAAAUUGCUGUCCAAGUGCGAUAUCUAUAACAGCACUAAAGCCGGUGAAGCUUUAGGUAAAAUGCUACAAAUGGGCUCCUCCCGUCCCUGGCCCGAUGCCAUGGAAGUCCUAACCGGCCAACGAAACAUGGACGCCAGCGGUCUCAUGGAAUACUUCCAGCCACUCUACGAAUGGCUGAAGAAGGAGAACGAACGUACUGGGGAGUUCAUAGGAUGGGAAGCCAGCUCUGUCCAAUUCUGCACACAAGAACAAUUAAUGGCGUUGGAAGAUUCGGAGUUUCAAAAGAAAUUGGAUACUCUCGUCAAAAAACAAGUGAAAAAAUAGAAUCAAUACGAGACACAGAGUAGCUGCGUCGUCAUCGAGAGGCAUUAUUUAUUAUCAUUGCACAUAAAUUUCACAUAACGAAUAAUAUAUAGGUAUUUUAAAUUU